AUGGGUGACAAAGCUAUCAGAUCUAUCGACCCUGGGAUGGCUUCUUUUGAUGGAAAUACCACGCGUGUCGACAUCCAACCUGGUGAGGUGUCCGACAAUGCCGACAAGCUCCAGCGCCGUCUCAACAACAGGCAGAUUCAACUGAUUGCCAUCGGAGGAUCAAUCGGUACUGCGCUAUUUGUUUCCAUCGGCAGUGGCCUUGCCAAAGGGGGUCCCCUCAACCUGUUCUUAGCCUAUACCAUCUACUCAUGCAUGUUGGGCCUCGUCAACAACUGCAUGGCUGAAAUGACGAUCCUACAACCGGUUUCAGGGGGCUUCAUCCGGAUGGCGGGGCACUGGGUCGACGAUGCCUUUGGAUUCAUGGCUGGAUGGAAUUUUUUCCUCUACGAAGCUCUGCUGAUCCCGUUCGAGAUCACCGCUUUGAACCUGGUAUUGUCAUUCUGGAGAGACGACAUCCCCACUGCUGCGGUUUGCGCCGGAUGUAUUGUGCUCUACGCUCUUCUGAACAUCCUAGCUGUCAGGGCGUACGGGGAGGCGGAGUUUUGGCUCUCUGGAGGCAAAGUCGUGCUGAUCUUCAUGCUGUUCAUGUUCACGUUCGUGACCAUGGUGGGCGGCAAUCCGCGCCACGAUGCAUACGGGUUCCGCUAUUGGAACAACCCCGGACCCAUGGCCGAGCACCAUACCACCGGCUCCCUAGGACGGUUUGAGGGUUUCUUGGCCUGCUUGUGGAGCGCAUCGUUCUGUGUCGUGGGACCCGAGUAUCUCGCCAUGGUGGCCGCCGAAGCCAAGCGACCGCGGAUCUACAUCAAGAAGGCCUUCAAGACCAUGUAUUGGCGAUUCGGCAUCUUCUUCAUCCUCGGCUCGCUCUGCGUCGGCAUCGUCGUUCCCUACAACGAUCCCACUCUGGUCGCCAUCGUUGGGGGCACUCAAUCAGGCAGCGGCACCGCAGCGGCGUCGCCAUACGUGAUUGCGAUGAAGAAUCUCGGCGUCGAAGUUCUGCCCCACGUGACCAACGCUCUGUUAGUCACCAGCAUCUUCUCCGCAGGAAACACCUACACCUACUGCGCGACCCGCAGCCUAUACGGUCUUGCGCUCGAAGGGCGCGCACCCAAGGUCCUCGCGAAAUGUACCACGAAUGGCGUCCCGAUCUGGUCCUUCUGCGUUGUCAUGCUCUUCCCGCUCCUCUCGUUCCUGUCCGUGUCUAACGGCUCCUCGAAGGUCCUAACCUGGCUGAUCAACUUGAUCACGGCAGGCGGCAUCAUCGACUACAUCGUCAUGUGCGUCACGUACCUGUUCUUCUACCGCGCGUGCAAGGUCCAGGGCAUCGAUCGCAACACGUUCCCGUAUACGGGAUGGUUCCAGCCAUACUGCGGCUGGAUUGGUCUCGUGUGGAUGUCUGCGAUUGUCGUCUUUUACGGAUAUUCCAGCUUCACGCCCUGGGACGUGGCCACCUUCUUCAGCUACUACACCAUGGUGAUUGUGGCACCGGUGCUGUAUCUCGGGUGGAAGCUGGUCAAGCGGACCAAGGUCGUGCAUCCCGCUGAGGCGGAUCUGGUCUGGGAACGGCCCGUGGUGGAUGCGUAUGAGGCGUCGUUCAUCUCGCCCCCUGUCGGCUUCUGGACGGAGAUGAUGCAAUUGGUAGGCAUCAAACGGGAUAGGAAGGACGAGAGACGCGCGUCGGUGGUGUCCAUGUCGAGCGAGGAACGGCAGGAGAUCGGUGAGAAAUGA